AGGGCAGAGCUGCGCCCCGGGCUGCUCCCCAGGACCUGAGCUGGGACCCAGCGUUUUCAGAGCCCACCUGAUUGCUGCUUAUAGAAUGGACUCUAGCCGGGCCGGGACCCCUAGUCCUCAGCCCUCAAGGGCCAAUGGGAACAUCAACCUGGGACCUUCAGCCAACCCAAACGCCAGGCCCACCGACUUUGACUUCCUGAAAGUCAUUGGCAAAGGGAGCUACGGGAAGGUCCUGCUGGCCAAGCACAAGUCUGACGGGAUGUUCUAUGCGGUGAAGGUGCUGCAGAAAAAGUCCAUCUUAAAGGAGAAAGAGCAGAACCACAUCAUGGCAGAGCGCAGUGUGCUGCUGAAGAAUGUACAGCACCCCUUCCUGGUGGGCUUACGCUACUCAUUCCAGACGCCUGAGAAGCUCUACUUCGUGCUCGACUAUGUCAACGGGGGAGAGCUCUUCUUCCACCUGCAGCGGGAACGCCGGUUCCUGGAGCCCCGGGCCCGGUUCUACGCCGCCGAGGUGGCCAGCGCCAUUGGCUACCUGCACUCCCUCAACGUCAUUUACAGGGACCUGAAACCAGAGAACAUUCUCUUGGACUGUCAGGGACACGUGGUGCUGACGGAUUUUGGCCUCUGCAAAGAAGGGGUAGAGCCUGAGGAGACCACAUCUACAUUCUGUGGCACCCCUGAGUACUUAGCUCCAGAAGUGCUUCGUAAGGAGCCUUAUGAUCGGGCAGUGGACUGGUGGUGCUUGGGGGCAGUUCUCUAUGAGAUGCUGCAAGGCCUGCCACCAUUCUACAGCCAAGACAUGACCCAGAUGUAUGAGAACAUUCUGUACCAGCCACUACAGAUCCCCGGGGGCCAGACUGUGGCUGCCUGCGACCUCCUGCAAGGCCUUCUCCACAAGGACCAGAGGCAGCGGCUGGGCUCCAAAUCAGACUUUCUUGAGAUAAAGAACCAUGUAUUCUUCAGCCCCAUAAACUGGGAUGACUUGUACCACAAGAGGCUGACUCCACCGUUCAACCCAAAUGUGGCAGGACCUGCUGACUUGAAACACUUUGACCCCGAGUUCACCCAGGAAGCUGUUUCAAAGUCCAUUGGCUGCACUCCUGACACUAUGGCCAGUAGUUCUGGGGCCUCGAGUGCAUUCCUGGGAUUUUCCUAUGCACCAGAGGAUGAGACCAUCUUGGACUACUAGAAGAGAAGCACUUGUGUAGCCACUGAAGACAGCUGGUAUCCCUCAGGAAUUACCUUCCUUACCUUCUGCUGCUAGUAACAGAGACUCAAAGUAACAAUGCCUUAAAUAAGGUUACAUAUAUUUUUCCAGCACAUAAAGGAAGAAUGUUGUUAGGUGGUCCAAGGCUGGUUGGACAGGUCUUAGAGACUCAGAAGCUUUCUGCAUUUCUGCUCUGCCAUCCUCGGCAAUUGGCUUCCAAUAUUAGGACUGCCACAUUGCCACGGAGUGGUUACUGGAGCUCUAGUCACUGCUUCUUUGUUCUGGGCAAGGAAAAAGGAGGCAAGGAGGGAAGAGCAAAAUAGCACCUUUACAGAGCUUCCCCAGAAGCCCCCACCAAUGGCUUCUGCUCAUUAGCCAUCUACUCCUACCUGUAAUGGAGGCUGGGAUAUGUGGUUUAUUAGCUGGGCACAUUACUACCCCUAAAAACACAGGCUCUAAUACUAAGGGAGAAGGGGGAAAUGUGGGGUAGGCAACCAGCAUCUCUCUACCAAAAGACCUCUUGGUGUUUGGAUUUUUAUCUCCAUGUGUAAAAUGACAGAGAUGUAAUAAGCCUAUAGGCUAUCACUCAACAUGCUCUAAUUUUUCUCUGUCGAUGGUAUCUUUUUUGUUGUUGUUGUGGGUGGUACUGGACAUUUGUUAUUAGGUUUGCCUGCCUGACACCUGAACCCUUUCCUAUGUCCGGGGAAUCUCCUAGCUCGUUAGCCCUGAAGGGGAGUAAUUACCUCUACUUACAGUAGCUGAAAAUGCUAGAUACUAACUUUCCCAGCCUCCCCUGCUGCGAGGGGCCACAUGCCCAGGGAUGCACCUGUGCCAGAUUUUGACUCAAGGAAGGGACUAGAAGCUUUCAUGUGGUAACUGUGGUAACAGUACCCACAAAACCAAGUAGGAUGGAUCAUGUUGCCUUAUUUCAGUGGCAAAGUGGUCUUUUUUUCACAAACCUAUGGUUCAUCAGCUACUUCAGGGUGGGCUUAUUGGCUUUUGGACAAGGAGAGAA